CUCACCUUUGCCUUUGAACACCUUGUUUAGUUGCUUAGAAACACUCUCCGCCCAAUUUCUCUGCUUCACUUUCCACCAACAAUGGCGUCCGAUUCUUCUCCACUUAACUUCGAUGCAGGUCCUUCGUCGCCUGAUGAUUCAUUCUCUAGUCCCAUCGGAAACACCGUCUCUUCCUCUGGCGACGGUUAUCGCCGUCGAAGCCGUCGCCGGUCAUCUACUCCUUCGGAAAUGGCUACGCCGCCGCGUCAACGAUCCCGAUUGGUCUCGUCGGAAAACACCCCGACGGCUAAGGAGCCGCGCUCUCGCCGGCGAGGCGGUGGGCGGAGGGCGUCUGGUAAUGACGUGCCUCCGGUGGCUGCUACACCUUCUUCGACGGAUGAUAUUCCGCCAUCGACGGAACCUGGCGAUGGCGAUGACAUGGAUGAGGAUCAUCCGACCUUUGUAUGGGGGACGAAUAUCAGUGUCGAUGAUGUAAAGGGAGCUAUCAUACGGUUUUUGAGGCAUUUCCGCGAUCGUCAGGCGUCGCAAUCUGAGGGGGAUUUUCAUACUGAGGGAAAAUACGCGGAGGUAAUCAAGAGGGUUCUUGAAAAUGAAGGGGAUUCGCUUGAUGUGGACGCGCAGGACUUGUUCAAUUACGAUGCGGAUUUAUAUACGAAGAUGGUGAGGUACCCACUUGAGGUUCUUGCAAUAUUUGAUAUUGUUCUGAUGGAAAUGGUACCCCAAAUCAACCCAUUGUUUGAAAAGCACAUUCAAACUCGGAUAUUCAAUCUCAAAACUUCUACUUCAAUGAGAAAUCUUAACCCAUCUGACAUUGAGAGGAUGGUGUCACUGAAGGGGAUGAUUAUACGGUGUAGUUCGAUAAUUCCCGAGAUCAGGGAGGCAAUAUUUAGAUGUCUGGUAUGCGGAUACUACACUGACCCGGUAGCUAUUGAAAGAGGACAAAUAAGUGAGCCCACUAUAUGCUUGAAGGAAGAGUGCCAAGCAAGGAAUUCCAUGACAUUGGUUCAUAAUCGAUGCAGGUUUGCUGAUAAGCAGAUUGUGAGGCUUCAGGAGACUCCCGAUGAGAUACCUGAAGGAGGGACGCCUCAUACUGUAAGCUUGUUAAUGCAUGACAAGCUGGUUGAUACUGGAAAGCCUGGUGACAGAGUUGAGGUCACUGGGAUUUACAGGGCCAUGAGUGUGAGAGUUGGACCAACCCAGAGAACUGUAAAAUCAUUGUUCAAGACUUAUAUUGACUGUCUUCAUAUAAAGAAGACUGAUAAGUCAAGAAUGGUGGCAGAUCUGACUGAAGCUGAGAACCGGUUGGGUGGAAAUGUGGAUGAUCUCUCAUUUGAUGAAGAGAAGGUAUGGAUUUCUCUUCGUCUUUGGGUCCAAUAUUUCUGGGUCAUUCUUGUCUUCUACACUCACGCAUUCUUUAUUGAAAUGCAGGUGGAAGAGUUGAAAGAACUCUCCAAAAAACCUGAUAUAUAUGAUAGACUGACCAGAUCUUUGGCUCCUAAUAUUUGGGAGCUUGAUGAUGUAAAGAAGGGCCUUCUUUGCCAGCUCUUUGGUGGGAAUGCUUUGAAAUUGGCAUCCGGUGCAAGCUUUCGUGGAGAUAUUAACAUACUUCUCGUUGGUGAUCCUGGAACCAGCAAGUCUCAGCUUCUCCAAUAUAUACAUAAACUAUCUCCCCGUGGCAUUUACACCAGUGGAAGGGGUAGCUCUGCUGUUGGUUUGACAGCUUAUGUAUCCAAAGAUCCUGAAACAGGCGAAACAGUACUGGAGAGUGGAGCCUUGGUUUUGAGUGACAGAGGCAUUUGCUGCAUUGAUGAAUUUGAUAAAAUGUCUGAAAAUGCAAGGAGCAUGUUGCACGAGGUGAUGGAACAACAAACUGUUUCGAUAGCAAAGGCUGGGAUUAUUGCUUCUCUUAAUGCCAGGACUUCAGUAUUAGCUUGUGCAAAUCCUAGUGGUUCACGUUAUAAUCCUCGCUUAUCUGUAAUUGAUAACAUACACCUUCCACCUACUUUGUUAUCAAGGUUUGACUUGAUUUAUCUAAUUUUGGAUAAAGCUGAUGAGCAAACAGAUAGGCGCCUAGCUAAGCAUAUUGUCUCACUGCACUUUGACAAUCCUGAGGGAAUUGAGCAGGAUUUCUUGGACCUUCAUACCUUGACUUCAUAUGUCAGCUAUGCUAGGAAAAACAUUCACCCAAAAUUGUCAGACGAGGCAGCUGAAGAGUUGACUAGAGGCUAUGUUGAGCUGAGGAGAAGAGGAAACUUUCCAGGCAGUAGUAAAAAGGUCAUUACAGCAACCCCAAGACAGAUUGAGAGUUUAAUACGUCUAAGCGAAGCCCUUGCUCGAAUACGUUUCUCAGAAUGGGUUGAAAAGGGUGACGUUCUCGAAUCAUUCCGUCUUCUAGAAGUUGCAAUGCAACAAUCUGCAACAGAUCAUUCUACAGGAACUAUUGACAUGGAUUUGAUCACCACGGGAGUAUCGGCAAGCGAAAGGUUACGAAGGGAGAGUUUAUUAUCUGCAACUCGAAACAUUAUUAUGGAAAAAAUGCAGCUUGGAGGACCCUCCAUGCGCUUGUCAGAGUUGUUGGAUGAGCUGAAGAAGAAGAAUCCUGAUAAUGAAGUCCAUCUCAACAACCUUAGAAACACAGUAUCAACGCUUGCAAGUGAGGGAUUUGUAGAGAUCCGUGGUGAUAACAUUAAGAGAAUAUGAUGAGCUUGAAGAUGAUGAUAGGGAACUUGUUUUGCAUUUUCCAAGACAUUGAUUACUUCAGAUCAGAUGAAGCCAUGGGAAAAAGCAUCCAUGCUUGGUCGUUGUAUAGAAUAUUAUGUGCUCACUUCCCUUCCUCUCUAACCUUAUGUAACAAUAUGUUAUCUGUUGGUUUAAUCAUGGGCUUAAUAUAGUUUUUGACUGCAGGUAUUUAUGUAGUGAUAGUUUUUUUUCUGAUUCAAGAAUCAAGAGUACUAUUACAUUUCAGAUGUGGAACAAGAUUCAAACAUAUGCUUCAUUAACUACAUGAGAUAUUCCUCUUUUUAGACAAUAA